UGUUGGAUUCUCCUUAGCUUCCGGUUGGAAAAUGGCUUCUGCUAGGACAGGUGCCGCGUUGGAGCUUCGUAAAAUUAGGAAGAAAAUUCGACAGAUUGAGAAUCUUGAAAGUCUAGAUAGAGAUUUGACAGAUGAAGAACUCAACAAAAUUUUGAGGAAAAAUCGUUUAAGGGAAAAUCUCUUAGAAUUAUUGGCUGAACAUGGGGAAGAAGAGAGUUUCACUUCAUCAACCAGAUCUGAGCUGACAGAUGAUGGUAUACUGACAGAAAGUUCUAGUUAUCAUGACUACAUUGUUGAUAAUGGGUACAAUGACAGCAUCAUAACAGGGGAAGUAACUAUAAUUGAACCUGAAGAUGAAACAAACACAGAUUUGAUAGAAAUUGAUGUCACAGAUGACCCUGAAGAAGAAAUGGUCAUUAAUAAAACUACUAAUGCAGUAACUGGAGAAAUUCUUGAAGACAAUAUGGAAAAUACAAAACCAGUUACCGUGGAAACAUGGGAAACUAAGACUAAAUCUCAAAAGAAAUCUCAGCCUGUUACAAAAGCAACAAGCAAAGAAAUCAAGGAAAAUACAAAUCCUUCACCAGUGAAGAAAACCAAGCAGACGAAGUCAAUAUCUGUAACUCAAACAAGUGAGAAAACAGAAAAGUUCUCCAAAUUAAAAGCUACAUUACAUAAAUGGAGAUUUGGCAAGUUUGAAGUGAUAGAACUAGAAGGUCACAGUGACCUAGUUACAGAUGCUGACAAUGAUGGAGUCCUGCUUGUAACUUCCAGUCGAGACACCACAGUAAAGUUAUGGUGUUUGGAAACUUUGUCUGAGCUAAGAAAUUAUGGAGGCCACAAUAGUGCUGUGACAUGUGUUCAACUUCUUUCUAAAGAAGAUUCUGCAAGUGUUUGUAAAUCUCUAGGAAUAGAGAAUUCAGACAGAUUAUUUAUUAGUGGAUCUUAUGACUGCAGUUUUAAAAUAUGGUCAACAGGAAAAUCAGGAGAAGCUUUGCGGUCUGUGUAUACAUUUAACCCUGUUACCAAGGUGAUAUAUCACCCAGUGGCACAAGCAAUUAUAACUGGAUCAGACGGAGGAAAAUUGGAGAUUUGGGAUAUAGCAUCAGGGGAAAAGAUACAUAGUGUACAUCCUUACGAAGAAUCUGUUACUGGUCUGAAGGUUGUGAAUGGUACCAUAUUUAGUUGCUCUGCUGAGGGAGUUAUUUCUGUACAUAAACUUCAAGAUGAUCAAAUCAUUUGUUUAUUUGUGUCUGAAAAUAUAAGAUCAGAGAACAAUGGACAUUUAACACAGAGAUAUAUUCGUGGUUUUGAUGUUAGAGAUGGUUUAAUAUAUUAUGGGGAUGAUGGAACAAAUGUUAAAGUGCUAGACUGGAGAAAAGGACUGGUCCAUAAACUCAUAAACCACAGUGAAGACUUUGGUAUCACAGACAGUAUUAGUUGCCAUGGUAACAUUAUGGUGUCGUCUGCCUACAGUUUAGAUAAUGGAGCAGGAUAUGUAAAUGUGAGAUACUUACCUGAAGAGACUUACAUGACCACGCUGGACGAUGAAGAUACUGGUAGAAUAUUGUCACUGUCAUAUGCUGAGUCAGGGAACAAAGACAUAGUAAUCACAGCAGGGACACAGCUCAAAGUCUGGAUUUCAAACACAGAGCAAAGGAAAGAUAUAGACGACGAAAACUUAGUGUCUUCUCGUUAUGUACCAAAGUUAGCACAGAGACAUUAUCAAGAUUCAGAUGUAGAAUCAGAUGUGGAAACUUCUGAUUCGGAAGCGGAAGAAGAUGGACGCCAUGAUCACCCAAGUCAGUCACGUGAUUCCUCUCAGGGUUGGCUUAGUUAUUGCAAUAUUAUAUAACUACUUGGAUAGGUAGACGACAGACAUACUACAUUAUUGUAAACCAGCAGUUUUUUAAAAAUGUAUUAGAAUUGUCUUUCAAUGAAAAACACAAGCAGUUUCUACAA